AUGGAGAAUUGGGGCCUAGUGACAUACCGAGAGGUAGCCCUUCUGAUUGACCCGGCUAAGUCUUCAACUCGUCAGAAAGCACGUGUUGCUCUUGUUGUAGCUCACGAGCUUGCUCAUUUCUGGUUUGGAAACCUUGUAACCAUGAAAUGGUGGACGGAUCUCUGGCUAAAGGAAGGAUUUGCUUCUUUCAUGGAAUAUCUGUUUGUUGGAUAUAACUGCCCAGAAUUCAAAAUUUGGGAACAUUUUGUCAACGACGAGCUGGCUCAGGGCUUUGGUCUUGAUGCUCUACGUAACAGUCAUCCCAUAGAGGUUGAAAUAGAUAAUCCAUGUGAACUGGAGGAAAUCUAUGACAAUAUCACGUAUGCGAAAUCGAAUGCCAUUAACCGCAUGUUGUUCUACUACCUUGGCGAGCCGACCUUCCAAGCUGGUUUACGUCUGUAUUUGAAAAAGUUCCAAUAUGAUAAUGCCGUUACGCUCGAUUUGUGGGAAGCAUUAGGAGAGGCCUCUCAACAGGACGUUGUGAAACUUAUGUCUGGGUGGACUAAGCAGAUGGGCUAUCCAGUGAUCACAGUCAGCGACAAGCAGAAAGGAAAUACGAGAAUUUUAUCCCUUUCUCAAAAACGUUUCAUCGCUGACGGUGGUGAAGAUCUCCAAAACUCGAUUUGGCAGGUACCAGUGACUGUAUGCGUAGGAUCGAACCCGACAGAAGUGAAAGGCAAAUUCCUUUUGGUCGACCGUGAACAGGAUGUCGAAGUGCCGGACGUUGCAGAAGGAGAGUGGGUCAAGCUGAACGCUGGAGCAACUGGCUUUUAUCGGGUGGACCACAGUCAAGAGAUGCUGAAGGCUAUGAUUCCUGACAUUUCCAGCUGCAAAAUGCCUCUUCUUGAUCGUUUUUCAAUCGUUAAUGACUUAUUUGCUCUUGUUCAAGCUGGACGCGCGCGAGCUUCGUCUUUCCUUUCAAUUUUGGGUGCUAUGAACAAAGGAGGAAGAUCAUUGGCUGCUGGAAUUGAUGAUCUCUCGAACGUGUUACAUUACGCUCCAAACGCUACAUUAGCUAAACGGUUCGAUGCUUUCGUAAUAAGGUCUAUGGGAAGGAUUGGAGAGAAACUUGGUUGGGACUGUCAUGAAGGCGAAGAUUCUCAACGUGGCAUUCUUCGAGCUGUGGUUCACGGUCGCUUAAUGAGGGCUGGACAGGAAUGUACCAUCAAAAAAGCUUGUUCGCUUUUCGCUGAUCAUGUAAAGUCGAAGCGACCUCUACAUCCUGAUCUCCGCCUCUGCAUAUUUACCACCGCGGCGCGUUACGGCGGUGAGAAGGAUUUCGAUCAUUUGAUCCAGAUCUAUGAAAAUGCAGGAUUCCCUGAAGUCGAACGAAACUGUAUCACAGCACUUUCACAAACACAAGAUCCCAAGCUUCUUCAGAGAUUAUUCAAGUAUGCCAUCCAUGACGGAAAAGCUCGCACUCAGGAUCAUAUGCUACUAUUCUAUGGCGCGAGCUCCAGUAAGAUAGGCCAGGAAUUCCUCUGGCAAUAUUUCAAGGAGAACAUGGCUUAUCUCGUGGAGAAGUUCGGUGGUGUUGGAUCUAGUCUGUUCCAGAGGUGCAUGAAAUUGGCUAUUGAGCGGCAGUCUACAGAAGAGUUUGCUGAAGAG